CACUAACAACACCUACUCAUUGUAAGUGAUGAGUGCUGUGCACCUUUGACAUUCAUAUCAUGAGAUGUUAGGGAAAGGGGAAUCAGGGACAUUCCCUCUGUCGCUGUCAUCCUGACCAUUGUCCUUUUCAUUCCCUCCCCAGCCAUCACACACUGUACUGAGGAAGACAAUGUCCAACCAAACCGCUGUGACUGAAUUCCUUCUCCUGGGAUUCUCCGAUGUUUGGGAGUUGCAGAUUUUACAUUUUGUGGUGUUUCUAGUGCUUUACCUGAUAUCCCUGCUGGGGAACGUUCUCAUCAUCACAGCCAUAGCCCUUGACCACCAUCUUCACACUCCCAUGUACUUCUUCCUGAUGAAUCUGUCCAUCAUAGACCUCGGCUCCAUCUCUGUCACCAUCCCCAAAUCCAUGGCCAAUUCCCUCAUGAACACCAGGAAGAUUUCUUAUUCUGGAUGUAUUGUCCAAGCAUUUUUUUUCGUAUUCUUCUCUGCAGCAAAUUUUGUCUUACUGACAAUCAUGGCAUAUGACCGAUACAUUGCCAUCUGCCAACCACUGCACUAUGAGAUGGUGAUGACCAGGAGAACUUUUGUCCAAAUGGCAGCCAGUGCCUGGAUCAGUGGUAUUCUCUACUCUGCAUUGCACACUGGGAACACAUUUGCAAUAUCUUUCUGUGGAGGCAACAUGGUGGAUCAGUUCUUUUGUGAAAUCCCCCAGCUCCUUAAGCUUGCCUGCUCUGACUCAUACCGCUUUGAAGUUGGAUUUCUCGUCUUUAGUGUGUGCUUAGCCUCAAGCUGCUUUGUUUUCAUAAUUGUGUCAUACGUUCAGAUCUUCAAAGCAGUGCUGAGAAUCCACUGUAAGCAGGGCCAGCAUAAAGCCUUCUCCACCUGUCUCCCUCACCUCUUUGUGAUCUCCCUGUUUAUUUGUACUGGGACCUUUGCCUACUUGAAACCUACUUCCAGCUCAACCUCAGGUCUGAAUCUCGUGGUGGCUGUUCUCUAUUCUGUGUUGCCACCAAUGAUGAAUCCAAUCAUCUACAGCAUGAGAAACAAAGAGAUCAAAGGAGGUUUUGGAGGUGGAAAGGCCUGAGGAUUUGGAUGAGUCUUUGGUGACACAGAAUUUUCAAUGUUUGUCCUCUCUUGAGAGAGUCCAUAUGUCAUCCCUUUGAAGGGGUUUUAUGAGCGCUUUGGUCAGAAAGGUUUGCUCCUUACAAUGAUAAAAGAGUGCAAAAGAUGUUUCUGUAUGGCUUAGUUCCUCCUGGAAUGAUUAUAUGUAUCUGUUGGGAUGUUAUUGUAUUAUUAUUGAUAUGUUAGGCAUAUUUUUAUUAUUUUAACCUAAAUGAAUAUGUAAAAAUGGUGUCAUUCUUGCUAUGGUGGAAAGGCUGUUUGAAAGAAAUUUUUUUCCAGAGUUUCCUAAAGAAAAUCUGACUUGGAAUAAUGAGGUCAAAUUUAGAUUCCAUGGAAGUGACUGGAGUUUAGCCCCUCACAUCAAGGAGAUCAGGAUUUGGCCAAUAGCCUCUAUACACAAGGAUCCAGAUUUCACUGACAGCACCCUGAAGAAAGUGAGCGUGCCAGAGAUCUACGGGUCAGAUUUCUCAACUCAGCUAGACCAGCACAAUGCAGAAGAGAACCAUUAACAUCAUAAAUUUAGUACUGAUGAGGUUCUGGCCCAAAGUCUCUGUGCUACCCCCAGUAGUGACAUGAAUGUUGGUGUAAGUUUCUUGUCUGGGGUCAUUUUGUUCUAACCCCGGUGUAAGUUCACUGAUCUGGUGUUUCACAGGCCAACCUGUGUAGAUCUACUGACAUCCAAGCUGAGGAAGGAUUUCAGAUGUUGGCCUGUUAUUAGUAUUAGAAGAUCAUCUUUGUGCAUGGUCAUGUACACUACAGAAGCAGAGUAUGUGUUUAGACAGAGAUACAGACAGACAUGACCAUUCCUUGUCCUAACACACAACUUCAUUUAGUCAUAAUGAUAGAUUUCUAUUUGACUGUGAAUUAUAUUACUUAGCUAGAUAAUGAAUUAUCUAUUGUGAUAGACCCAGGCCAGUUGGGUACAGCAGAAUAGCAGAAGACAAA